AAAACAAAAGUUUCAACACAUGGAUACAGAGAUUUGUCGCAUAUGUUUGAAUGCAUCUAAUACGCUGGUGGGCAUUUUCGCUKUGCGGGAGGAAAGUCAAAAUGGCCAACCAGAGCCCAGCCUGGCGGAUAUGCUAAACGCAUGUGCUGAUUGCCACAUCAAAAUCAAUGAUGGACUACCGCAACAAAUCUGCAUGAGUUGCGUCCGAAGCGCUCAAAAUGCGUACAGAUUUAAGCGCAAGUGCGAGGAGAACUAUCGACAGCUGUUGGAAAGGCGCACGAACAACUCGUGGUCCUCAAAGAAAGAGCCCGAAAAAACAAAAACGGAACCAGAUUCUAAGCACGUAAAUCAGGGGAAGGAGGAAACAGCACAGUAUAAAUGCCAACUUUGUAGUAAAGAAUUCGCCCAUUUGAGCCUACUACGUGUGCACAAAAGAUGGCACCUUGAAAACCAAUCGAGGGUCAAAGUCACCGCAUUGCCAAAGCAAGUACCAACGUCGGUUAAGCGGAAUACCAAAUACCCCGUUCGGCAGAAGAAAAGUCGUAAUUUGCCGCUAAUCAAGAACCAUUCUCACAGCAGCGAGCGACCAUUUGCGUGUACAAUUUGCCCGAUAGCAUUUCAAAGUAAGACACAUUUAGUGAGACAUAUGCGCAAUCACACGGGUGAACGUCCUUAUCAGUGUCCCCACUGCGCAGAAAGCUUUGCAAGAAGCGACUAUUGCCGCAAUCAUAUGAACAAAGUGCAUAGAGGUCUAAAAUUCACUGGCAAGUUGGCCCGAAGUAAGAAGGGAAAAUCGUAAGGUAACAUGCAUCAAAAGACACUAGAGAUCUUCGAGCUUCCUCAUUUGCAAAAUAAAAUGACAAAAACAUUAAGGUUU